AUGGGAAAUCAAUUGAAAGAAGAAGAUUAUUUUUUUAAAAGGCGAAACGAUAUAUGUGAUAAGCUUACUACUUUGAGGGCAAUUUUUCCUGAUGAAUUGAAUUCUGGAGAAUAUAAUUUUAAAGGUGGAUCGCUCAAUAGCUACUGCCCUAAUAGGAACUGCAAUGAGGAUAUCAAUAAGAUUUGUGCUGGGUGUUUAUGGUUAUUUAAUCAAUUAUAUAAUGAUAGUACAGAUUUUUCGAAUAAUGCAAAUGACAAUAUAUAUAUUGUUACAUACAUUUUAGGGUGGUUAAGUUAUAAGUUAAAUCAAAAAACAGAAAACGGAAUCGAUAAAUUAAUGGAUUUUUAUAAUAAACAUAUGAAAAAUGUCGAUAGGUAUAAAAAGUCCAUAGAAAAUCCUACGGAAUAUAAAACUUAUAUUGACAUUAUAAAUAAAAAUAUGGAAUUGAUGGAUAUUGAUAUUAAAAUUAUGUCUAAAUUUUAUGAUGCAUUUAAUAAUAUGUGUAAAAUGUAUAAUGAGCUUUCAAAGUCGAGGACUAAUAGCGAGGAAUAUUUAAAAUAUGUUAAUAAUUUUGCUAAAAAUUAUAAUACUCUUUUUAAUGAAACUAGCGGUAAUUUAUUUAAACGAGUACUACCUGCUGUAUCAAACGAUUAUAAUUAUAUAAAAAGUAUAUUAAAUGUUGAAUAUAUAAGGAAUCAAUUUCCAGAACUUCAAAAGGAAAAAAAAGCACAGGUUUCUGAAUCAAGUCCUAAAGGAACACAAAUAGAUGACUCCUCGAGUGAAACAUCAAAAGCAAUUUCUGAAACCAAAAUACCAGGUUCUGAAGCUAAAGUAUCAGAUUCUGAAAUUAAAUUAUCAGAUCCUGAAACGACAAUAUAUAGUUCAUUGGUAAUAAACAAACUAAUUCCAAUUCCAUUUAUAUUAGUUGCAACAUUAAUUUUGUUAGGAAUUACAUAUAAGUAUUCGUUAUUUGGAUUUCGGAAACGAUCUCAAAAACAAUAUUUAAGAAAAAAUAUAAAAAAAUAA